AUGGGUGACAGUCCCGCCUCUCGGACGACAACAUGCUGCCCUUCGGUCUUCCACGCUGCCUGUGAUGAAAGCACAACCGCAUGCUGCAAGGCUCCCACCAAGAGUGUCACCUCGUCAAGUGCAACCAUGGCGCAUAACAGCAAUUGCCAAAGUCCAAAGCAACCUCAAAAACAUUCCAUUCCGCGGCAUGAGGCAGCGCCCCCGACUCCAUCAAACCCCACCAUUCCUUCAAUCCCACAGUCUUCCAACGCACCGCUAAUACCCUCCACCAAGCGGCCCUUUUGUAUCUUACCCGUUUCGGUGAAGCUUGUCGGCUAG